UUUGGCCUAUCAGGUCCUCUGUUAUCAACGAUGGGCCCUUCACCAUCUCCUUUCCCGUCCAGCCGUCGUAUACAGAAUCAGGGCAUGGCCUCAUGAUGAUAUAAACCCUUCAUUUCUCCCACAUUCGUGAAGACAUCCACAGCACGCCUCAAGUACGUCUUCUUCAAGCAGUUUACGAAAUCCGACAACAUGGCUGCGAAGACUCUUCUCCUUGCUGCCCUGAGCGCAGCUGCUCUCGCUGUUCCUUUUGAGAGUGUCGUUGAGGAGCGCCAGAACUGCGCCGCACAAUACGGACAAUGUGGUGGUAUCGGCUGGUCUGGAGCUACUUGCUGUGUUAGUGGCAGCACUUGCGUCGCACAGAACGACUACUACAGCCAAUGUCUCGCUGGCGCUUCAACAACAACAACGAGGGCCACAACCACACGGGCAUCGACAACAACCAGUGCGACCAGGACUACGAACACUGGAGCUACAACCACCACCUCUCGUGCUAGCACCACUGGAACUGGCGCCGCCUCUGGCAACCCCUUUUCGGGAGUUACGAUGUGGGCCAACUCUUUCUACGCAUCUGAAGUUAGUGCUUAUGCGGUCCCUACGAUGGGCGCCGGCGCUGCAGCCGUCGGCAAAGUGCCGAGCUUCAUGUGGAUGGACACCCGAGACAAGGUAGACUUGAUGGAGACCACCCUAGCAGACAUCCGUGCCGCCAAUAAGGCUGGUGGCAAAUAUGCUGGCAUUUUCGUUGUCUACGAUCUCCCAGACCGUGACUGUGCUGCUGCCGCUUCCAAUGGAGAAUACUCUAUUGCAAAUGGUGGUGUUGCGAAGUAUAAAGCUUACAUCGAUGCCAUCGUCGCUGUCCUCAAGGAAUACUCAGACAUCAAAGUCAUCUUGGUUAUUGAACCCGACUCCCUGGCCAACCUGGUUACCAACUUGAGCGUUUCCAAGUGCGCCAAUGCCAAGGACGCUUACAUGGAGUGCACAAACUACGCUGUCAAGAACCUGAAUCUUGACAACGUUGCCAUGUAUCUCGAUGGCGGUCACGCUGGUUGGCUCGGCUGGCCAGCCAACUUGACUCCUGCCGCCCAGCUCUACGCUCAGGUCUACAAGGAUGCCGGCUCACCGCGCGCCCUCCGUGGUAUUGCCACGAACGUCGCCAACUACAAUGCUUGGAAGAUCUCCGGAUCAUGCCCGUCCUACACUCAGGGAAACAGCGUGUGCGACGAGUCAAGCUAUAUCAAUAACUUUGCUCCUCUGCUGAGAUCCAACGGCUGGGAUGCCCACUUCAUCACCGACACUGGCCGUAGCGGCAAGCAGCCCACUGGACAGAACGAGUGGGGUGACUGGUGCAAUGCUAAGGGUGCUGGCUUUGGUCUUCGCCCUUCGUCCAAUACAGGCAGCGACCUUCUUGAUGCCUUUGUCUGGAUUAAGCCUGGUGGUGAAUGUGACGGCACCAGCGACACUAGCGCCGCCCGAUAUGACUUUCACUGUGGUCUCGCAUCCGCCUUGCAGCCGGCUCCCGAAGCUGGCUCCUGGUUCCAGGCUUACUUCGAGCAGCUUUACAAGAAUGCUAACCCUCCUUUUGAGUAAAGGAUUCGAGUAGACUAUGUCGUGCUAGAGGAGAUUUUAGACAACAUGGGGACGCGGUGUGAGGUCCCAGGCUUAGACUCAGUUUGGCGGUGUGACAUUCUUGUAUAUAGUUUAUUUGCCCCAGAACGCAUAUAGAAGCCUAUAAAGAGCUGAUUGCAGAAAGCUGCCUCGCAAUUGUGAUCCAACUGUAUUUUACAAGUUCAACUCGCAAAUUUGAUUCACACCAGAUUAAGUAGGUUGUUGAGACUCGAGAGGGGAGACAUACCAAAUAUUGAUAUUUAGCUGUCGCCCUGGCGCCCGACCAUUGAUACUGAACGUAGGUAUUCCGUGGCAUUGUCCAUUUUCAAUGCGGUUUUGUGGAUUCGCAACUUAUGCAGGUGGUAGGUAUUCUCGUUGACAAAUUCGC